CAAAAGCAAUCCUUCACUUACAUUCACAGAGAAGUGUUUGACAAGUCAUCAUGGCAGCCUCCAAGAUAGGCUUGAAACUUUUGAUCGACACCGAUAACAACAAACUUCUGUUCGCAGAAGCCAGGAAAAACUUCGUAGAUUUCUUACUUCAUAUCCUCUCCUUGCCAUUGGCUACUGUUACAAGGCUCCUCCGCCAGCAAGAGACCAUUGGUUCCCUGGAAAAUCUGUACCAUAGCAUCGAAAAUCUCGAUGAAGCCUACAUCCGGCCAAACCAAAACAAAAGCAUCUUGCUAAGUCCAAAACCACCUGCCGGCGCUCCUGCCUUUCCGUUCACUCUCUUGGCGCUCGAGGAUUCGCCGAAACCGGAGAUAACACACGGCAAAGCAUUUUAUAAGUGCGGCAAUAAUUCUGGCAUUACUGGUUUUACUAGUGCAACUAGUAAUGCUUGUACCUGGCAUGUGACCGAUGACCCUCGAGCUGUUUGCCCCGGUUGCCAGCGCACCAUGACUUCGGUCAUGACAUAUGUAGUUCCCCCACAAACUGAUGGCAGCGAUGAGGACAGUAAAGAAGGCGGAUUUGUGAAGGGGGCGGCGACUUACAUGAUCAUGGACGACUUGGAGGUGAAGCCCAUGUCUGCCAUUUCCAGCAUUGCUCUGCUUAACGAGCUUAAUGUCAAGGAUCUAAGCGCCCUCAAAGAAAAGGAAGUGGAUCUUAGCAUGAAUAAGGCGUUGAAGCUGCUUAAGGCAUCUUUGGAGUGCAAGACAGUGCUUACCAGUGUCUUCUUGGAUGUCAAAUCUAAAACUCCAUGAGAAUUGUCUCGUAUUUCACUUUUGGAUAACAAUUUUAUGUUCGAAUCAAUGACUAUUUUGAUCCUUUUUUGCUUAAUUAAGGUACCAAUUCUAAAUGAUUACUUCCA